AUGUAAAAAGAAUUUAUUUAAUUUAAUAAAUAAAUAGUUUUAAAAUACAUAUAUGCUGAUUCUUAUAACCCUUGCUAGCCAGGAUAAGGAAAUUAUAUGGGUUUAAAUCCUAAAUUUACUUAUUGCAUACUUAAUUAUGUAGAACCUGCAUAAUAAUCUGAUAUAGACAGCAUGAAAAAAUAUUUCUCAGACAUGAAUUGCUUAAAUUAAAAUGUUUUUCCAUAUAAUAAUUUAUAAUACUUAUCAGGAAAUAGUUGUACUACGAAUAAUGAUAUAACAAUAAAAUAUACUCCAUCAAACCAGAAUACAAUCAUAUAUGGCUUUUAUAUUUACUUUAUUAUUUCUGUCAAUAUGACUUCUAAUUAAAAUUUAUAAUCGAUAAUUGAAAUAAAUAAAGUCCCUUAUCAAAGCGCAAGUGGAUAUUAUUAUGCAGGUUAUGAUUAGAAUUAUUCUUUUAAUGUUAAUGGAUUGCUUAAGUAAUAAUAAAAUGUAGAUAGUUUAACAUUUAAGAUAACACCAUUUAAUAAGAAUAUUGAGAAACAAUAUCAAAUUUAUAUUUAGUAGAUCAUUCUAUAUGUAUAAUUGUGCUAUAUAAACUGUUAAUAGUGUGAUGAAAACUCAGUAUGCUUAUAAUGUUUUUCUGGAUAUUAUUAUCAGCAAAAUACAAACUAGUGUCUACCUUGUGAUAGCAACUAAUUUGUUAAUUAAUUCAACUAGUGCUAAUCAUGUGAUCCAGCCUGUAAAACUUGCAAUGGUCCUAAUCCAAAUAAUUGUUUAUCUUGUAAUAUUGGACUUUAUUAUAAUUAAGCCACAAAAACAUGUAUUAUUUGUGAUCCAACCUGUAAUACUUGUGAUGGCCCAAAUCCAACUAAUUGCCUAUCUUGCAGUCCUGGAUUUUAUUAUAAUUAAGCCACAAAAACAUGUAUUUGUGAUCCAACCUGUAAAACUUGUGAUGGCCCAAAUCCAACUAAUUGCCUAUCUUGCAGUCCUGGACUUUAUUAUAAUUAAACCACAAAAUCAUGUAUCUGUGAUGCAACUUGUAAAACUUGCGAUGGUCUAAGUCAGAAUAAUUGUUUAUCUUGUAGCUCUGGGUUAUACUAUUAGUAAGCUACAAGUCAGUGUGUAAAAUCUUGUAAUAAAAAUUAAUUUCCAAAUGAGUUAUUAUAGCAAUGUUAGGCAUGUGAUAAUACUUGUGCAAGUUGUGAUGGAAAUAACUCAAAUAAUUGUUUAAGUUGUUACCCUAACAGCUUUCUCUACAACAAAAAUUGUGUUAAUAUUUGUCCAAAUGGGUUUUAAAGUAAUUUUACAACUCUCACAUGCGAUCCAUGCUAAAAUUAUUGGAGCCUAUAAUGCAAUCCCUGCUAUGCCAACUGUAAACAAUGUGAUUAAUCAUAAAUUUAAAAUGAAUAAUGCUAGACUUGCUAUAAUGAAACAAGAUAAAUAGAUGUUUCAAGUAAUAGAUGCCUUUGCAAAAACUAAAAUGAUUAAAGGAAUAUAUUUUAUUAAUGCAGCUAUGAAAAUAUUGCUGUUAUUGAUGCAAAAUUAAGUUCUACUUCUCCAUAACUUAGUAUUGAUUUGGGAUCCCCAUUGAUGAAUAUCAUAUCAAAUACACCUUAGUCUUUGUGCUCACAGAUAUUUGACGAAGCAACAUUAGGCAUACUUGGGUUAGAUUCUUAAUGCGAAAUCAAUAAGAAUAAAAUUUUGGUUAAUUUAAGUGACUCAUCGACAAUCAUGGAGAAUAACUCAAUUAAUUUUUUGCCAAAUAAGCUGCAGUUUAUAGAUUAUACGGACACUUUUAUUAACACAUUUUAUAGAAACAUUACUUUCUAAGAUUCGCCUGGAGUUCCUUAACUUUAAUUUAGCUAUAAUCACAUAGAAAAUAGCUGUAACUCUAUAAAUAUAACUCUUUAUAGUAUUCAAAACGAUGCAGGAAGAAAAUUUAUGAGUCUAAAUUGGACUUUAAAUCAAAUUGUAGGUUCAAUAAGCAACGAGUAGUAAGAAAGUAUAAAGGAAAUAUUAUUAAAAGCAAGCUAAAACAAAAACACUAGUUUGAUUAUAGACCCUAAAUUCUUACCACCAAAUAUUAACAUAACAAUAUAAUUUAAUUAUUUACUUAAGAUUAACUAAACUGGUACUUAAAU